AUGAGCGCUCUCAUUGCGCAGCAUAGAAUCAAGGAGAUGGCAAUGAUGUUCCAUGCCACUUGUCCAGGAGAUUGGACUCAUGGCCGAGAGGUGGCUUGGGGAGGUACUCUUUUCGGAUUCUACCAGUUGGGCAUAUUCCCCGAGUCCGAGGCUGCUGAGAUCUACUCCACGAUUCGUUUCAGGUGGGAGAUGGCACUCCUCGCCGAUUUUGUUGUUGCGAUGUUUGAGUUUCCGAUGCCCAGAAACGAGAUGUGCAUCAUGUGGGAUUGGCACUCCUGGAUGGUUGAAUUACGGGUGAAGACCUCGAUGUCAGAUCACUCAGACUCCGAGUUCGACCAACGAUGGCAUGCAGUAGCCUCGCAAUUAAACCACUGUUUCCAAACCCCCCCCCUGCCCGAUCAGGGCCCGCUUUUCAUGCGGCCUUUCAAGUAUUUGGUGGCAGCAUUGCUGGAGGCCAAUAAGCCCGAGCAUGAGACCAGUGGUAUUUCCAGUGCCAUCCAAGAGUUCAUGCAAAAUGCCGAGGCCUUCCACCAGCAGCGCGUUUUUGCCAGCCCAGAGGUCGGACGUAGAGGGCGUGAAUGGUUGAGGUCGGUUGGUCGCCGAGCCCGCAAAUCGCUUUCUCCCCGGAAAAGGAAAAGGUCCAGCACCACAGAAUCUGCCUCAUGCUGA